AUGAACGGGCUUCAUCCACACUUCACCGUGAGGACGUCCCUCAGCUUUCUGCUCCUGAUCCUGCUUCAAACGUCCACCGAGGCCGUGGAGGCAAUCUGUUCUGGCCCUCAAUCUGUGGAGUUUCCAGAAAACAACACAGUGGGUGCAGUUGUAGCAAAUAUCAUUGUCAAACCAGGAGUGACCCUUGAGUUCAGUCCUUCUUCUGACAGCCCCAACCCGUUCGAGCUCCAAGGAAAUCAGCUGAUAGCUGCAGCAGUGUUGGACUAUGAGACGGAGAAAAGUCACAUUGCCAGGAUCACCUGCACUGAGACAGCUACAAACCUGAAGUUGAACUUCGUCAUUGUUGUAAUUUUGAUCAAUGAGAAUGAUAACAAACCAGUCUUUGACCAGAACCCCUACCAUAUCGAUGUCUAUGAGAUGUCUCCUGUAGGAACAACCGUGGGCCGCUUCGUUGCCACAGACUUAGACCAACCCAAUCAGCUCUACUAUACACUCACACCUGAGUCUGGCUUUGAACUGAAGUCACCUACCAACCCAGAUCUCCUUGUUCAGACGCCUAUCGACUAUGAGAAAGUCAAAAAUGUCCGUCUGGUGCUAACUGCUCAGGACACACCGUUGACAACAACAGAUGCCAGGGUUUCGUUUACCGCCACCACCACCAUCAUGGUCACCAUCUUAGACAAGGACAAUAGGCCACCGUGGUUCCAGCCCUGCAUCAUGCACGAGAUGGGGGGUGCUGUGAUCUGCCAGAGCACCGGCUACACCGGCAAGGUCAACCUCAACGAACAAGAGACCGGACUGUUACCACUGAAACCAGGACCACUUUACGCCAUUGACGGAGACUCUGGGAUAAAUGAGGCGAUAACAUACUCUUUUCUGAGUGGAAAUGAUGAGCGUCUGUUUGAGAUCAACGCCAACACCGGGAACAUCACCAUGCUGAAGCCAGCCAGCAAGUUGGAUACAAUCAGUCUGACAGUGCUGGCUGCGCAGAAGACAAACAGUUACCAGUUUACCACCACCACCGUCUCAAUCAGUGUUCAGAAGAAGAGUCUCCACGUUCCUCAGUUUCAGAGGCCUAGCUACAGAGGCGUCAUCACCGGAGUGGGCUCCAUGGCUAUGGACCCGGAGAACAAGGACGCGCCGCUGCAGAUCAUCGCUACAGACGACGACUACACUACCACUGAUGGUCUAAAUCCCUACAUCACCUACUCCACUAUCGGUAACAGUGAUUUCUCAAUCGUUAACGGCCACUUAUUCAUGACUAAGGAUCUCCCAGAGGGCACGUUAUCCCUGCAAGUGAUGGCAAAAGAUACAUCAAACGAUGAAUCAGCUACAGCUCAGCUCUCGGUGAUGGUGACAUCAGGUUUCACCACCACCAGUUUGCCUCUGAGCACUACAGACAUUAUGACCUCAACAUCCAUAGGGGAAUCCACCACCAACAGCAAGACCACGGAAGAUAUCAUGUCCACCACCAACCCCACUAUGACCACUGACAACAGCGUGUCAACUACCAUCCCCAGCACAACCAGUGAAAGCAUAACCUCCACCACAGACUCCACUAUGUCCACUGAGGGCAGUGUUUCAACCACUAAUCCCAGUAUGACCACUGAAGGAAGCAGCUCAGCUCACCCUCCCACAGUGAUCGUACCGUCCGGCGGCUAUGGGCCGGUGGACAUGGCAGCACUCGGCGUGACCCUGGGUGUCCUGCUGUUAAUCUGUCUGGUGGUCAUCGGGGUGCUCGCCCAUCGCCUGCGGAAAGGCAAAGCAGACUGGAGGAAGAUCUACGAAACCAACGUGUUUCGAAGCUAUUUGGGUCAAGGUUCAGGCGGUCCUAAGGAGGGCAUCCAGUACACCAAUGAGGCCUUCGAGAACGAUGAAGAUGGAGGAAGCAUGGGCUCCGGCGGCCCGGACGGGGGGAUCAUAAUGGCUGGUAGAGAGCCACAAAAAGCAGCAGAGAGCAUCCCGCACAAAGAGGCCAUCAUAAAGUCUUCGGCACCACUGCACACCUUCCUGUCUGACGACACCAGCAUGGCGGGCUCGGACAAGGCUGACAACGAGAAAGAGGUGAAACCGAUCCUGACCAAAGAGAGGCGCAUGGAGGAGGGAUACAAGUCCGUUUGGUUUAAGGAGGACAUCGACCCCAACGCCAUGGAUGAGGUGGUCAUCAUCCCAGACAGCAGAGAGGACGACAGCGAGGAGGAAGAUGACGAGGAACAGUCGUCCAGCGAGCCAUCAAAACCCCCAAAGGUCGUCUUUGCCGAUUCAGAUCUGGACAGUGGACUCGGGGUGAAGCUGGGGGAUUCAGCAGAGGAGUUCGAUGGUUACGACGCACUGACCUCUGACCUCUGAUCUGGGAAAGGAGCCGAAAGACGAGGACAGAGCGGGAACCACCUAUAAUAAAAUGUUAAAUUAAUCUGCUGCAAGUCCUUAUCAGUCAUGACAGAGGAACAGUGAAAUAAAACAUGACUGAACACCUUAUUGAAAGAUAAAAAAAAAAAAGUAAUGAUGACUCAGAUGUCUUCAUUUAUAAGCCUCACCCUGAGUAAAGUGCUUUGGGUUUGAAGUAAUUGAACAUUUUACAGCUUUUAUUCUUUAUGUAAAUACUUUGUGUCAUAAUGAAUGCAGUGUACCCUGAUAAAGAUAUUAUGUUGGUGUAGUUUGAGGCUGCUGAGAUCAGUGUCUGUGGACUCCUAGUGGAGGAGAUUUUUGAAAUAAUGUCUAUUCAUUGAUUUAUGCUCAGUAAAAUCAGACAUGUGUUUUAAACAUAUCUUCAAAGCUGUGCACACACGUGUUUUAUAUGAUGGAGACACAGUAUAAUAGUUGGUAACAGCAGAGAAUGAAGGUUCUGUUCUUUAAGUUCCUCUAUAUUUAGUUUAACAAUAGUAGAGCUGCCGGUAAACAUGGUUUAACACUGCAAGAGGAAAGGUUGGGGGGAAAAUAUAUUUUUGGCUUAAUUAUUUACUGGCUGUGUUGGUUGUUUAUUGAUGUGACAAACCAGAAAUGCACAGAGAGCAAAAGCAAAUGAUUAAAAACAGAAACACAACUACUGUUACUGUGUAAGAUAAUAAAAACUCUCCCUGCUGAUACUAACGACUGUAAAACAUUAUGACAGAAACAAAGUCUGAACUUCCAUUAAAUAACCAACAGUUAGCAGAAACGUUCACCAGCAGUUCCACUAAAAUAAUUAACACACGUUGAGCUUAUAGAGCAGAAAACUAAUGUAAAUAAGUUUGUUUAUGUUUGGCUCAAACCAAAAAUAUUGUGUAGUAAUAAUAAUAAACCCCUUAA